UGGGCGCUACAACCUUGCAGCAAACUUGUAAGGAGGCAGAAAAAACUUGCUCCGGUGUCUGUGCGUGUACACAGCAAAGGCGGCACCGGUCCAACAUGAAAUCAGCCUUUGUUUUGCUGACUGCGUUGGUAGCCUUGACAGCCUAUUAUGUGUACCUGCCCUUACCCAGCACAGUGUCGGAUCCCUGGAAGCUCAUGCUGCUGGAUGCGACUUUCAGGGCAACCCAGCAAAUGUGCAACCUGGUUCACUGUCUAAGACUCAGCCAUCACUUGAGAGUUCUGAAUUAUGUGAUUGGUACUUUUGACAAGCUGGAGCCCUCGUCCUCUGAACACAUUAAGAUAACAGAUGCCCUUUUUGAUGGAGUGGAAGUCAGAGUGUUUGAACCGUCUCCAAAGCAAGACGAAACACUAAAGCGCAGUGUCGUUUACAUCCAUGGAGGAGGAUGGGCUUUGGCAAGUGCAAGAACAAGCUUCUAUAACAAUCUCUGCAGGAUCAUGGCAGAAUCUCUGAAUGCUGUAAUUGUCUCAAUUGAGUACAGGCUGGUACCAGAGGUUCAUUUUCCUGAGCAAUUCCACGAUACUUUACGUGCAACGAAGUAUUUUCUGCGGUCUGACAUCCUAGCUAAAUACUCAGUUGACCCAGGUCGAAUUGCAAUUUCUGGUGAUAGCGCAGGAGGAAAUUUGGCUGCUGCUGUGUGCCAGCAGCUUAGUCUAGAUGACAGUGUGACCAACAAACUGAAGCUGCAGGCUUUAAUCUAUCCAGUCCUUCAGGCAUUGGACUUUAACACUCCUUCAUACCAGCAGAACACUGACAUGCCUGUUCUUCCUCGCUUCGUCAUGGUGAAGUUUUGGAUAGACUAUUUCAAUGGUAACUAUGACUUUGCCUCCUCAAUGCUGAUCAACAACCACACUUCCCUGGACGUAAGCCAGGCUGUUUAUUUCAGGGGACGUCUGAACUGGACUUCUCUCCUGCCUUCGACGUUCAAAAAGAAUUACAAACCUGUGAUACAACCCACAGGGAAGGCCGAAAUCAUCCAGGAAAUACCUGCACUACUUGACAUACGCGCAGCUCCAUUGCUUGCAGAAAAAGAAAUUUUCCAGCUUCAGCCAAAGACCUACAUCCUGACUUGCGAAAAUGAUGUCCUGAGAGAUGAUGGAAUAAUGUAUGCCAAACGGUUGGAGAGCACAGGUGUGGAGGUCACACUUGAUCACUUUGAUGACUGCUUUCAUGGCUGCAUGAUCUUUACUAUUUGGCCUACCAAUUUCUCUUCAGGACAUCGGACCAGGGACAGCUACAUAAAGUGGCUUGCUGAAAACCUGUGAAGAAAGUGAGUCCUCUCUAGAAGGCACAGAACAGUCAAUCUAAAGCUCACUGCUUCAAAAACAAAAAAGUUGUGCACUUUUAGGCUAUCUAAUUUCAUUUGUUCAAGAUUAUGUCAUAGAGCUUCUGUUGCAAGAAGUAGCGUGUCACUAACUACUUGGUUAAUAGCUGAUUAGCCUUGUCCAGCAUAGCAAUUUACUAAAUACUUAUUAAACACUGUUGUAUGCAGUGUAGUUGUAGCCAUGUCGGUCCCAGGAUAUUAGACACACAAGGUGGGUAAGGUAAU